AUGGUCAGAUUAAUAGUUUGUCUGUGUCUACUGAUAAUAUAUUCCAACUAUAUUUUUGCAGAGAUUUUACAUCUAAAUGCAACAGAUGUUGAUGAAGACCAUAAUUUGAAUUUUUCAUUGAACACUGUUGAAUGUGAAGAUGAGUCUGGAAACAACCUAUUACCCUCUUAUUGUAAUGGAUAUUUCAACAUAGAUACCAUACAUGAGGUUGGGGUACUCAGUCUAAUAAAAGAACUGGAUCGAGAAACAAUUGAAAGAUUCACUUUGACAAUUGAAGUUAUUGAUAUGAAUGCUGUAAAUGUUUUUGGCUCUCAAAAUGCGCUAAAAACGAUAUCGAUUCUAGUUCUCGAUAUUAAUGACAAUUCUCCUGUAUUUAUAUCGACUCCACAAAGUUUUUCAGUGAAUGAAGGUGUAGAAGCUUCUGCAUUUGUUGGUCAGGUUACAGCAACAGAUCCUGAUAAAGGUGAUAAUGGGACUGUGACUUACACUGUGACUGGAAAUUACUCAGACUAUUUUACCCUCAGCAACACCAACCCAACCAAAGGUCAGCUAUCCACAUUAAAAGUGAUUGAUCGGGAAACAGUUGGUGAUGUUUUAAACAUCACUAUUGUAGCUUCUGACGAGGGGAUACCAUCACCAAGGUUUACAAGCAUUGUGGUGGCAGUUAAAAUUAACGACAUAAAUGACAAUUCUCCAAUCUAUACACAGACAAAUUACUCUACAGCAAUAGCAGAGACUGUGCAAUUCCCUGAUCACGUGAUUACAGUUCAUGCAGAUGAUUUAGACUCUUUGGAAAAAGGAUUUGGUGAAAUCAUGUAUACCAUUAUCCGAGGAGAUGACUACAGUCAGUUUGCCAUGAACCAUACCACUGGAGAAAUUACAGUUGCACAAGGUAAAAACUUUGACCGUGAAGCUAAAGCUGAAUAUGUGCUAACUGUGGAAGCCAGUGAUGACCGUGGCCAAACUGGAUCGCAUAAAACAACUGUAGAAGUAAAAAUAAAGAUUGAUGACUUUAAUGACUGUCCACCACAGUUCACUCAGGAUAUUUAUCGUGUGUCCUUCCGUGAAGAUGGGGAGGUUGGAGAUUCAGUUGGUACAGUCAGUGCAGAAGACUUGGAUGUUGGGGAAAACAGCAAGAUUAAAUAUUCCAUUGUGGGCGGAAAUGAUGAUGGACAUUUUAGAAUAUCUGAAAGUAGUGGUGAAGUUGCACUACUUAAAAGCAUAAGAAAUAAGGAAAGCAAAUAUCUUCUUACUAUCAAUGCUACUGAUAAUGGUACUGUACCAUUGUCCUCUAUGUGUCAAAUGCAAAUUGAUGUAAUUGAUGCAAACAUUAACUUUCCCGAGUUUCAGAACAUUGAAUUUGGUCAAGAAAUCUUUUUGGCGGAGAACUCACCAACCCAAGAACUAGUAUUCCAAGUCAUAGCAUCAGACAAGGACCGCGGAGAAAACGGUCAUGUUCACUUCAUUCUCCUUAACAACUUGGACAAUUUUCAAAUUGGUUAUGAAAGUGGGAAUAUUACUCUACUAAGCAACAUGGACAGAGAGACAACUGAGAGAUAUGCGCUUAACAUUAUGGCGGAGGAUGGAGGAAACCCCCCUCGCUCCGAAGAAACUCAACUUAUCAUUGUAGUUACAGAUGUCGAUGAUAAUCCACCCUUCUACCUUCCUGACAGCAACACUCAAUUCAUAUCUGUUGAAGAGGAGAAAAGUCCAUUCACAAUUGAAAUCCCUGUACUUGGGGCACAAGAUAAGGAUUUGCCAGAAAAUACACAAAACUAUUAUUUUAUAGUUGGUGGCACAGGAGUCGGUAACUUUAGUCUUGAUAAGGAAACCAGAUUCCUGACUACAUUGAUCAAGUUCGAUCAUGAACAAACUGAUUCAUAUGAUUUAAUAGUUAAGGCAUCUAACGAUCCUGAAUACUUAGCAAACAACAGACAGAGAAAAAAUAUUGCAUGGAAUCCAGAUGAUAAUUCAUUACUACAUGUAAUAUGUACCAUCACAGAUAUCAAUGAUAAUCUUCCAGUGUUUACCAAGGAAAUUUAUGAAACUGAUGUUCCGUUUGACACACAACCUGAUCCUGAUAUUACAAUUAUUCAAGUUUGGGCAACUGACAUUGAUACUGGACUAGCAGAGGUUCCCACUUACUCAAUAAAGAGCAGUAUGUGGGUUUUACAUGGAAAUUCAUUUAACAGAUCGGGUACAUUUGGAAUUCAACCUUCCAGGGACAAUACAAAGGGUGAUAUUUACCUUGCAUCAGCCAUUGAUGGUGAUCAAGAUGGUAAAUAUGAGUUGAUCAUCAGGGCAACUGAUAGUAAUUUAAAACAUGUGGCAGAGACAACGGUUAGUAUUGGAAUCGUAAAAGCAGAUGAAACGGUGAUUCUGUAUUCGCGAUAUACACCUUCCGAAUUUGAAUCCAUGGAAGAUGAAUUUGUUGCAGACAUGGAAGCACUGUUGCAUGCAAAGGUAUACUUAGAUAAAGUCAUUCAACACAACAAACAAAACUCACUUUACCAAGAGGCAGAAUCCGACAUAUACUUCCAUGCGAAGAACGGAACUUAUCUCAUUCCAAAGCAGGAAAUAAUUGCAAUUCUCGGACAAAAAGAGAGCUAUCCUGUUUUGGGUGAAUAUGGAAUAGUGGGAAACGGUGAAGUUGCCACUGAGGAAGUUGAUCGGACUGAAGAUUAUUUGAAAGCGACUGCAAUUAUACUUGGAGCUGUUCUUGGUGUUGCAAUUGUAAUUUUUACCAUUGCCAUCUGCUGCAUGAGACAAAGCUACAAACGGAAACUAAAAGUAAAGGAAGCUGCAGAACAAACAAGUCAUGACAUGGAAGAUAUACAAGAAGGUCGUGGUUCAAGUCAUGUUCCAAACACAAAUGUCUUUAACAGCAAUCCGUUGCACGAAAUAAAAGAAUCACAGCAAGGCAUACAACUUGACUGGCAGUUAACACGAGAAAGCAGAGACGAUGAUGAUGAUGAUAGUAUUGAUGAUAAUGCAGUUGAAAGUAAUGACAGCGCCAUUGGGGAAAAUCUGGACCAAGAGGAAGAUGAACCAGUCGACAACCAAUUCGACAUCGAUUUUGACCCAAAGGGAGGGGCCAACAACGCUCAACUAGCAGCUGCUUUAAAUGCAGCUAACCGUCGUAUGGGGGGUGAGAACUUAACCUUCAUUUUUGAUGAUGAAGUGGCCAAUGGUAAUACUGCACUGUAAUUUCAAAUAAUCCUA